AUGGUGGGGGUUCCACACAGCAAGGGCUGCGCUCUCUGUCGCGAACGACACAUUAAGUGCGACGAAGUGCUGCCCCAAUGCACCCAGUGCUUGCGUUACGGCCGCCCCUGUCCCGGAUACCGCCGCACGUUCCGGUUUCAAGAUGAGGGUCCGUCCCUGGACAAGAUAUACCGUCCCUAUCCCCAGCGGAGAGACCGACGCGCAGCGGCCAGAGCUGCUGCAGCGACCUCCUCGACGACUCAAGCCGAGUCUUCUUCUGUCCAGUCUGCAGCACACGUCCCCACGCCCGACGGCGGAGCGGGGGUAAUAGCGGCGGCGGUCCGUGAGAAUGCCAUCAAUCUGAUGCGCCGACACUCGGCCAGUAUACCCAUCGACGAGAGCGUGUCGCCGUCGCUAGUACGCCAGUCUUUCAAGGCGGCGCAGCCCCAGCUCUUCCUUGACUUUAUCAGCGCGGCCUUCCCCACGCUCUACUUCCAUAACAAAUUCCGCGCGGGCAGUGAUCCCGGCUUCCCGACAUACAUCAUCCUCGCUUUUGGGCAGGACUCAUAUCUCGACUCGGCGAUAUGCUGCCUGAGCUCGGUGUAUCUGGCCCAUCUCACGCAGGACAGGGCCCUGCUCCGGGUCAGUCGGCGCAUGUACGCCGUGUCGCUGGGCGAGGUCAUCCGCGCAUUAGCCAAGCCCGAGCACGCCAUGUCCGACAAUAUGCUCUGCACAGCGAUGAUGCUCAGCGUCUACGAGAUGUACGCGCAGACCUCCCCAGGUGCAUGGGUUGUGCACGCCGACGCAGUCAAGCGGCUGAUGCAGUCCCGGGGCACGGCCGCGCACGAAGUUGGCUUCGGACGGUCCUGCUGGAUCGCCUUUCGCGGGUUCCAUAUCGCCACCGCAGUCUACGAGGGGAAACCCUGCUUCCUGGACGAAGAGGACUGGCAGCGUUUCGCAGCCGUCAUCAUGGCCGAGGACGCCCAGAAACCGGGCGAGUGGUCCGCCUACGCAGACCUGUGCGAUCUCGCCUUCAUGGAGAUCGCCAAGUGCCCACGCUACCUUUCCGAAGCGCGCAAUAUUAUUUCUGGUAUCACGGACCCAGAUCCCACCGUCAUCUCCUCCCUCAUCAGUCGCAUCCGACGCACCUCGCACCGUCUGCAAGCGCUCAGCGCCCAACUCCGCUCUUGUAUCAGCGGCCAUGGGCAGCGCCAGCAGGGCAUCAUCAAACGCCCUGGCUCAUUCAUCGGACCCGUCCCGGAAAUCUUCCCAGAAACAGGUCCCUCCCUACUCCUCCGCGGCGCGGAGAAUCUAAUAUCGACCCUUGGCCAACUGUGGACCCGACUCGACGACAUGGUGCGCGUUCGACCUGCUGAGGAUCUUUCCCCAGAGUCUCCAUACUCCUCCGUUGCUACUCCAUCCGGGAACAGCAGCAUCACGUCUCCGUCACUGCACUGCUCGACCCCGUCUGUUACCUCCAAGCCUUUCACGGCUACACUGCCAAUUCGUAUACACUCCGAGCUUGGGCAGGGUCCGUCGAGGACCUCUGACCGGAAUGAUCCGCGCGCUGUGAUAUGGUUGGACCGUGUGGCUUCGUCGAUGGGGAUGCUAGGGACAAGAGUCGUUGUUGCUGGUGAAGGGGAGCAGGAACAUGUUGCAGGUCAUACCGAUGAC